AUGGCAUUGAAAUCCACCAUAUCUUCAACAUUAGUGUCUCAACCAAUUGUUAUUACUGCUAUAACAGCUGAAGAUUUGUACAAUUAUUUGUACUGGGAUUAUCGUAUAUAUGAUCUUCGAUCUAGCCAGGAUUACGCUAAGUGCCACAUUCACACUGCUCAUCAUAUUGAUCCCUCAACAGCGACUACAGUCAGUGCCAUAGCAUGUUUAGAUGCACAGAUCACUGCUGAUUAUGGUCGAGCAGAGCAGGCUGAGCGAGUCAUAAUAUGCACAGAUGGUACUGAAGAUCAUAGCGAAACAUUAAGUUUGCUACAAGCAUAUUUGAAUUCCCCUGUAAAUCCGUCCAGUACGUUAUUAAGAAAUAUUCAUUUUUUAACCGGUGGUCAUGCAAAUUUCGAGUCCAAAUUUCCAUUUUUAUGUAACGAUUUUAUUCAUUUCAAUGAAUGUAUUCAGUUAGCAUGGCCGUCAUAUAUCCAGCCAAAUUUAUAUCUUGGAUCGGCAUUAUGUCGAAACCAGACAGUCGUGUCUAUGUUGGGAAUUACUCAUAUAAUGAGUUUUAGUGAUUAUCCAGAGAAGAAAUUGCAGUUCGAGAAUGCUACCGAAUGGAUAUCAAACGCCAUUGAAAAUGACAAAGGAACAGUAUUGGUUCAUUGUGAACAAGGUGUUAGCCGAUCUCCAACGAUAAUCAUAGCUUAUUUAUUGGGUUAUUCAAAGAAUGAUGCUAAGCAGUUUACAACAGUAAAUGAGGCUUUACAGAGGCUUCGUUUCAUUAGUAAGCUCAUUAUGCCAAGUGGCAUUGUCUAUGAUUAUGCAAAUGCGCGAUGUAGCACCUAG